CAGGUGCAGCAUGACUUUGGUGGUGAGGAGGAGCGCUCAAACUCGCUCAUGCCAGUGAAACCGUCACCCAAACCCCGCCGGGCCAAACUGCUGCCCAGGGGCCGCAAGCUCGGCAACAGGAAGCGCGGGCGGCCUAAGAAGGCUGCCGCUGCCACCGCAGCCGAGCGCAAGAACAAGAAGAGCCAGAUUGCCCUUGAUCUGCUGCACGCCAAGACCCUCUCAGCGGCCCCCCCUCAGGAUGCAUACAGGUCACCUCAGAGUCCUUUCUAUCAGCUACCUCCCAAAGUGCAGCAUUAUACAUCAAGCCAGCUUCUCAUGGGCCCCACUCCACCAGGCCUGCAGGCUCUGCUCGAUAACGUGAAAGUCCAGUACCUGCAGUUCAUGGCCUACAUGAAGACACCACUGUACCGGACCAACCUGCAGCAAGCCCUUGAGCAGGAAAAG